UGGACAAAGAAUUUAAAACAACGUAAAAGUCAAAAUGAAACAAGUAGCAGCCCACUAUAUCGCUUCCUUAGCUUUUAUAGCCAUGAUACACAAAAUCAGUUCUUUUCCUGUGGCUGAGAAAUGGAGAAGCCCUUGCGGUAAUCAAAGUCAACUCAUACUAGAAGUGAUAUCGAAAUUACAGGAUGCUGUUAAAUUGACCAAUCAAACACGAGUAAAUUAUGCGGAGAAAAGAAUAGGCAAUUCAGCCAUAAUUGCUUCACUGAAUGGUGCUGGGCCUUUUCCUGGCCUGAAACCAGAAAAUUUUACUGAUAACAUUACGUCAGCUAUCAAUAAUGUGGCAUCGUGGCACAUAAAAUCGUAUAAUGUAAUUUCUUCGGCUGCUGUCUUCCUAGAACAAGUUAUUCAUAACGAGACGAUUUAUCAUCAGACUCACGAGAAUACGUUUAUUGAAGAAUUUACAAAAAUGGAUAAAUCAUUAUAUAGUGUACUUUGUAAAAUUCAAGCAGCUUUAUCUCAACUUGGCAGAGUUGUUGACAAUGUUCCAUCACGUGAUAUCAUGUCCAAUGAAUUACGUUCAGUUGACAAUUACAGCUUUUUGCAUUCACGUGACUAUAUAAUUGUAAGAGACAUAUUUUAUUCAAUUAAUUCAUUAAUUCCCGUUUACCAAAGAGUUUACAAUUCAUUUUUUUAAAACGUCCAAGUUUAUGGAUAAAUCAAAGGGUAGAUUAUAUUAAUCAAAAAAGUUUUAUUUGAUAAAGAAUGUUUAUGUAAAUAUAAUGUUAAUAUUUUUGUAUGAAUUUUAUACUUUGUAAUAAAUGUUUAUAUUUUUUACCAUGUUAUGUUCAGUUUUGGCAUUUGUCACAACUCGGUUGAUUCCGUAUCUCCAUCUAACGAAUAGAUGGAGAGAACCGGAGACACUCGAGGAUUACCGAUUCCUAGUAAAGUUUACCUAGAACAAGUUAUUGAUAACGAAACGAUGUAUCAUCAGACUCACGAGAAUACGUUUAUUGGAGAAUUUACAAAAAUGGAUAAAACAUUAUAUACAUAGUGUACUUUGUAAAAUUCAAGCAGCUUUAUCUCAACUUGGCAGAGUUGUUGACAAUGUUCCAUCACGUGAUAUCAUGUCCAAUCAAAUACAUUCAAUUGACAAUUACAGCUUUUUGCAUUCACGUGACUACAUUAUUGUGAAAGACAUAUUUUAUUCAAUUAAUUCAUUUAUUCCUGUUUACCAAAGAGUUUACAAUUCAUUAUUUUAAAACGUCCAAGUU